CGUCAGACGGAGUGCUGUCGGUGUGUCCCGUUGCCUGGCUCGGUUUUUGCUUCCUCAACCGCCUCCUCACUGUGUUGUCUAUCACAUUAUGAACUUUAUUGUGUCCGCCAAGCAGCUGGCCGCAUCACGGCCAACCACGCGGUCACAAAUGGCAGCCGCCCCGUGGACAACGGUUGUCAAGCUCUUGCCCAUCGUCGUCACGCCAUUCAUCGCCUCGGAACCACACAAGUUGGGCUACUUUGUGCAAUACGAGAUGCGGCUGCAAUGCCCCAUCACGCUCCGGUCAUGGACCAUCUACAAGCGCUACUCGCAGCUUCUCCAGUUCCGAUCGCAGCUGGCCAAGCUGCACGCCACGUCUCCGUCGUGUUUCCUUGCUUACUUGCUCAAUUUGCACUUUCCAAAGAAGAUGCUCAACUGGGAGAGACCCGUUGUUGUUGCCGACCGCAUGCAGCGCUUUCAGAUCUUUGUCGAGCACAUCUGGAGCUUGUAUGUGAGCUGUGUGGUGCCAAUGACCGAAGCCUCUGAAGACGUCGAUGCCAUCAUCUCGUGUCUCCGUGCGUUUUUGAGCGUGCCAGAGACGGUGCUGGCCAUUUCGGUGCGCCACCUUGAAGACAUGCCUCGCGACUUGGACGCAUGCGUGGUGUGCUUGGGCGAGUUUGCUGCGAAAGACUUUUGCCGUCCGUCGACGGUGCUGGCGCUGGCGUGCGGACACGUCUUUCAUCAAGAUUGCCUUCGGCAGUGGUUUGUCCUGGCAGCAACGUGCCCGACGUGUCGUUGUGACGCGGGGCAAAUGUCACUCUUAGAAAUGUAGCGCUCAGGAGUAGUGGGUAGAGUAAUCUGUGUUAUCUUUUAUAGCUUAUAUACUGC